AUGCCUCUGGACGGAGUCAAGAACGUGGUGCUGGUCCUCUCCGGCAAAGGCGGCGUCGGCAAAUCCUCCGUGACGCUGCAGCUGGCCCUGGCGCUCUCCCUGCAGGGCAAAUCCGUGGGGAUCCUCGAUAUCGACCUCACGGGGCCCUCGAUCCCGCGAUUAGUCGGCCUGGAAGAUGCAAAGAUCACCCAAGCGCCUGGCGGCUGGCUGCCUGUUCCCGUGCAUACCGCUGUAGAUGCACCAGCACCAGCAUCAGCAUCGCCAUCGCCACCUUCUCCUACCCCUACCACAACAACACCACCCUCUUCAAACCCCCACCAAGAACCUACCACAUCCACCCCCCGCGGCCCAUUACACUGCAUGUCCCUCGGCUUCCUCCUGCGCUCCCGCUCCGACGCCGUAAUCUGGCGCGGCCCCAAGAAAACCGCCAUGAUCCGACAAUUCCUCGCGGACGUCCUCUGGGGCGAAACCGAUUACCUGCUGGUCGACACCCCGCCCGGCACGAGCGACGAGCACAUCGCCCUCGCCGAGCAGCUCCUCACGCUCUGUAGCACCGGCCCUUCCCCUGCCACUGCCACCUCCACCUCCCAGACAGCAGCGAUGCCCCGCCUCGCCGGCGCCAUCCUCGUAACCACCCCGCAGGCAAUCGCCACCUCCGACGUGCGCAAGGAAGUCAACUUCUGCGUCAAGACGAACAUCCCCACGCUCGGUGUGAUCGAGAAUAUGUCCGGGUAUACGUGUCCGUGCUGUGGGGAGGUGACGAAUCUUUUCUCGAAGGGGGGCGGGGAGGUCAUGGCAAGGGAGAUGGGGGUCAGGUUUUUGGGGAGUGUGCCGGUUGAUGUUGGGUUUGGGGCGUUGGUGGAGGGGAGGGGGAUUGGGGAGGAUGGGGAGGGGGAUGGGGAGGAGGAGGAUGAUGAGGAGGAAGAGGAAAAGGAGAAGGUGGAUGAUGAUCGGCCUUUGGUUGAGCGGUAUCGGGAGGGGUGGUCUUAUGCUCGGUUUGAGGGGUUUGCGAGGACGUUGAUUGCGGAGAUUGAGGGGUAG